AACUUAGCUGGACUGCAGCCUUCUCCGCUGGAACUCGCCAAGCCAGCUGAUUUCCCCAUCCAAAGCCAUGAAGAGCGGCGUAUGUCUGUGCGUGGUGAUGGCAGUCCUAGCUGCUGGCGCCCUGGCGCAGCCGGUAGUCCCUGCAGAAGCUACGGACCCCGUGGAGCAGCGGGCGCAAGAGGCGCCCCGAAGGCAGCUGCGGGCUGUGCUCCGGACGGACGGCGAGCCCCGAGCGCGCCUGGGCGCACUGCUAGCGCGAUACAUCCAGCAGGUCCGCAAAGUGGCAUGGAUGGUGACCUCUGGUUGGGUGUUAACCUGGACCAGUAGAGCUGGAUUAAAACACAGGAGGUGGGCAUCCUUUCUGUGGAGCUCACGAACCCAAUUUUUCCUGCCCGCAUUUGAACAGCCCAUGGCUUGUCGACCUGUCUGCAUUUGGCUUGACUGCUCCUUCUGGCCGCAUGUCCGUUCUUAAGAACCUGCAGAGCCUGGACCCCAGCCAUAGAAUAAGUGACCGGGACUACAUGGGCUGGAUGGAUUUUGGCCGGCGCAGUGCCGAGGACUACGAAUACCCAUCGUAGUGGGCCAGCGUCUUGGCCCUGCUUGGAGGAGGUGGAAUGAGGAAACAACCACACAUACGACCCCUCGCCUCUAAUGUCUGACGUUUUGAGUAUCUAUUUAUUAAGUCCCCAAUGUGAAAUCUGUCCAGAGUGUGCAAUGCAGCCACAUCUCAGCCUAGCUGUGUGGUCGGAAGGCAGUGUUUCCUUCAGUGACUCCCAGACCUAAUGUUGCUAUGCUAUUAAAGAGAUUUCCUUCUGCCCCUCA